GUAUUUACUUGCUGAUAAUCUAUUAAAAAUACUUACGUAGAAUAUAUAAAGAGGAAGACAAAUCUGAUCGGCAUAACAAUAGUAAGAAGGAAUACAAUACAAGACGAAAUUGUGCGCUUUCAGAAGCAAAAAUGAAAGCAACGUUCGUGGCAAUAUUUGCCACACUUUUGGUGACGUUUGCUUCCGCCACUCCACCUCAAUGUCCUAAUAAGGACGGAGAGGAUAUUGCCUUGUUUCCGAAUCCAGAUGACUGCUCGACAUACUAUUCCUGCAAUGCAGGUAUACCGCAGAUAAUGGAAUGCAGUGAAGGACUGGAAUAUAAUUCGGAUUUAAGAGUAUGCGAUUGGCCCAGAGAGCAUGCAGAAUGUAAACAUCACCAUUCAAGACCACCACAUUCUUCGACAGCCGGUCCUACGGUGACAUCUCACCCUUCACGACCAACUGAAUCUGGCGAACACAGUACUACUGCAUCACCUCGUCCGCCACGACCAACUCCUUCUUCUGAACCAUCUCCAUUCCACCCUACACAUACUCCUACUGAUGGACCAUCCCGUCCUCCAAGGCCAACUCAUUCUACUAGACCACCCCACCCUUCAAGACCAACUGAUUCUACUGAUGGACCAUCCCGUCCUCCAAGACCAACUCACUCUACUAGACCAUCCCACCCUUCAAAACCAACUGAUUCUACUAAUGGACCAUCCCGUCCUCCAAGACCAACUCACCCUACUAGACCACCUCACCCUUCAAGACCAACUGAUUCUACUGAUGGACCAUCCCGUCCUCCAAGACCAACUCACCCUACUAGACCACCCACCACACCACCCACCCACUCACAUUCACCACACCACCCACCCGGCCCACCACACCACCCACCCGGCCCACCGCACCACCCACCAGUUCCACCACACCACCCACCCGGCCCACCGCAUCACCCACCCGGUCCACCACACCGCCCGGACCUUCCCCCAAUUCCACAUCAUCCCCCACAACGUCCACAUUCCCCAUUUGAUGAGCCCAUAUUUCCAAGAUACGAAGACUAACCAAUCUUAUGAUUAAAAGAAGUUGUUCAAUGUCACUGAAAAUCUUAGUGUGUUUGACAAAAAUUAUAUAUUCAAAAUGUAUUCGAUAUAGUUGAACUGUAAUAAAUAUUUCUGAAUUUA